CUGGGUCUUCAGGUAGAAUUAUUUUCAAUUUUCUGAGGAACCUCCAGACUGAUUUCCAGAGUGGUUGUACCAGCUUGUAAUCCCACCAACAAUGGAGGAGUGUUCCUCUUUCUCCAUAUCCUCUCCAGCAUCUGCUGUCGCCUGAGUUUUUGAUCUUAGUCAUUCUUAUUGGUGGAAUCUCAGGGUCUUUUUGAUUUGCAUUUCCCUGAUGACUAAGAAUGUUGAACAUUUCUUUAGGUGAUUCUCGGAUUUCUCAGUUGAGAAUUCUUUGUUUAGCUCUGUACCCAUUUUUUAAUUGAGUUUUUUGUUUUUCUGGAGUCUUAACUUCAUGAGUUCCUUGUAUAUUUAGGAUAUUAGCCCUCUAUCAAUCAUGUAUUUCAAAGCAGGUGCUUUUCUUGUAGAAAUGGAAAAAUGCACAUGCAUGCAUGCGCAUGCACACACACACCACACAUACAUGCACACACGCACACAUGUGCACACACACAUUCCUUCAUUCACUCAUCCAUCUCGCAUUUCUAUUAAUAUAAGCAAACAGGUCCCAUUCAAAGCAGAACAUUUAGCUUUUGGUUAGCAACGGAAAGAACGCUUCCCAGCAACAGGAAAGCCCGAAAAGGACAUCUAUUUUUAAAAAUAAAAUGUGAAACCCUCAGCAUUUUGCUGAUUUAACACACAAGACAAAUUAUAAGUCUUACCCAUCCAAGAGAGGUGAAAGGUCCUUAUAGAUUCAAGAACAGAUCUGAUUUCUUAUAUGUUAGCAGGGCUUUGGCGGUUGUUUUGGUGUUUUGUUUUGUUUUUUUCUUCCCCCAUUUCUUCUGAUUUCGGAUCAUUUACACAUACACUUUGUGAAGAAGCGGGGAGGUGUCCUAGGUGGAAAGGUGGUAAUGCAAGCUCAUUACCAUACCCAACACAGUUCACAGCAGCCAGUGUUGCAGGCUCAGCAGUGAGGUUCUGUAAAAGUGGGUGGGGGACGAAUGUGCCUGUGGAAGAAAAGCGAUAGGAAACUGCAGCUUGCUUCUUGUCAGCGAGUUUUAAAGCAGAAAGAACCCAAGAAGCUUUUGAUUUGCUGCACAGGUUUUUGCCCAGUGAUUAAGAUAACCUGCUGCAUUAUGGGCCACAUAGUAGGGCUAAUCUAACGAUACGUUUCAAUCUACCUUUACAGAAAAGGAAACUACAACUGAUUUGGUGAUUUUUCACUGCAAGGAUUUUGUUCUAUUAAUAUCAAGAGGCAGGGCCACGCUGCAAACAUUCUGUUCUCAGCUUUAUUUUUAUUCCAUAGGCAAUAAUUAUCCAGGGCACAUGUGUAAUUUCUCUUCCAUUUAGCUGUUUAUAUAUUUACUACAAGUAGUUUUCAGCUUAAAAUUUUCACUGAAAACAAAAUAUCAUUGAUGAAAGGGUGAAGGCAUGCCAGGCUAACUUCAAGCCCACUAACACACGACUACUAUGGAAAAAUAUACUAGAGUUCUUAAAACAAACUAUUAAGAAAGCUAGCAACCUUAGUUACUAGACCAGUAAGACAGGAAGCAAUAUAAUGGCAGUCUUUGAUUUCACCCUUCCUCUGUAAACAUGGAAAUAGCUGAGGUAAGCCUUAUAUAAGCAGACAUAUUAGGCUUGGUCUAGAACUGAUUCCGUUUCUCAUUUCCUCCUUUGAAGACAAAAACAGGAGUUCAGAGUUCAGUCACACUCACUAUUCAUGUCAAAUCAAAGACAAAGAUAGGUGAAAUGACUUAGUUUUAAGGUUUACCUCAGUGCUUCUGAAUAUAAAUACAAACAUAAUACUAACCAUAUAACUCUCAUGAUAUAUACACAUCUAUAUAAGACUAUAUGUAAGUAUAUAUCAAAGAUAAAGGCACCUAUGCAUAUACACUUUUUAAAAUAUUGAUUGUACUUAUAUUUGUUGUAUAACUUGGGCAAAAUAUUUUUAUUUUCAGGCUUUAAUUUUCUUCUUUGUAAGAUGGGAAUAAUAACAGUUAUUAUCUUAAGGGGUUGUUGUGAAAGCACUUAGAAUCUGGCAUAAGUAAAACUUACUAAAUAUUAGGUGGUUGGGUAUUAUAGAGGAUAUGUUCAUUCAAUAAAGGCAUUGGUUGUUCGGAUCUACUGAUGAACGUGUGAAAGCAAUUAUGUAAUCUUUUCCCCUUAUGUUUUAGGGUCAUGAGAGUAAGCUGUAUAACAUUAUGAAGGUGAGUACAUGACAUUAUGAAUGAAACUCAUGGAACUUCACAUCACAGGCAGCAAGGUUCAGAAAUAACAUUCAGAAAUAAAAAGAUAACCAAGCCAUUUAGAUGGUGUAGAUCUUAGGAAUGAAAGCCAAUGGCCACCAGGAAUCCAGCUGUAUUAUAAAAACAUGAAGCAAUCUCGUUGAAAGUUGUGGGAGAAGAGGUGCUAUCCCAAGUAACUUUAGAAACAUUUGAGUCUGUAAAACUAAAGAGUCUGCAGGUAUAAGCUCUGUACUCUGGGAAAUAAACAUUUCCCAUGAGAGUAGAUGCUAAUAAUUCUGACAUUGCAAUAUACACAUUUAUAAAUGCAUGUGUACCCUGUGUGUGUCUGUGUGUGCACGUACGUGCACACACACGUGCUUAUGUGUACACAAGAAGGCAGCUUCAGGUGUGCUAAUCCUCAGGAAUGCUGUCCACCUCCUUUCACAGUCUUGAUCUCCCUGGAGUUCAUCAUUGGCUGGGAUGGCUGGCCAUUGGUUGGGUAGGUCUCCCCAGGGCCAGGAUUACAAGUGUGCACCGUAAUUCUCAGAAAUUUUACAUGGGUUUUGAGGAUCAAACUCAUGCUUUCAAAAUAAGCACUUUACUGAGUCAAUUCUUUCUUUGGUCUCUCUAUAUAUUGAAAGCAACAAUUAAAUAUAGACCGAUGACAGGAAGCUGGUUUCUUACUAUUGAAGUAGGAAUCGCACAUAAGGAGAGAAAGCUAGAAUGACCCUCUGGUAAUAUACUAGAUUUGGGGAAAUUUGCAUACACUUUUGUUUAUAGAUAUUGAUUCAUAUAUCCCAGGAUGGUCUUGAAUUCCUGCCUUAGCCUCCCAAUCAGUGGGACUAUAGGGUUGAACUAGCAUGAACAGUUAUGUUUAGUUUAAUCCAGAUGAUUAUAUACAAAUGUACAUGUAGACGAGUGUAUACACAUGCAUUUCUGUUCUGGUUUGAAUGCAAAGUGUGCUCAAUAGAUGCAUGUGCUUCAACACUUGGUGACACCCAUGUGGUGCUGUUUUGGAAGGUUGUAGAAUCUUUAGGAUGGUGUGGAAUGGUUCUUGGGGUAGGCCUUAAAGGUGGUCUCUAUUCCUGGUUGGUUGCACUGAACAAGGUGCCAUCUGUUGCUGCCGUAGACUGAUCUAUAAUACCAUGCCAUGAUGGGAUGCAUUUCUUGAAAUUGAUCUAAAAUUAAUCUCUCAAUUACUUUAACAGGGCUUUUCUCCCAGCAACCAGAAAAGUAACCCAGGAAGUUUCUUGGCUCUGUUAGCUCUGAUGGCCCCAGAUGAAAAGCCGUCCAAGCAGCAAAGAGCACUUGUAGAUCCAGGUCUUUUUUCUAAUAUUAUUUCUCAAUGAAUGGAGGUUUCUUUGAGAAAUAACUGUCUUAGGCCUGGCCAAGGAAGGGCCAGUUAAGGCCUACGCAACCAUAAGUAGAGGAAGUAGUCAAUGGAAAACCCAACAAACAGAAAACUCAACCCCUAUCAAUCCCCAACAACCACCACCACAACAUCAACCACCACCCUCAUCCCACACUGACCAGGACACGUGAAGGGACAAAGGGCAAUUUAAAGCCCAGCACUGGAUAAAAAGCAGAGCAUCGGCUCAAUAAAGCAGUGCUGGACUACGACCCAUUUCUGUAUGAGUGAUUUGACACUUCCUGUGUUCCAAUAGGUAACCUCUCACCCACGACUGUGCUGUGAUUAACCUUGGAGUGUUAGACACAAAAAGCAGACACGAGAGCGCGCUUGAUGGGGAGAAGGUAGGGGGAGGGAGGGAAGGAAAGUAUGAAAGAAGAUGGUAAGUGACUAAAAUUUAAUACUGUUUGUAUGAAACUGUCAAACAAGUCUCUCAAAAUAGAGAAUCGACAGACCUCUCAUGGAGAAGAAUUCCAAGAAAUCUGCUAAUGCAAUGUCCCCAGGGAAGAGAGCACACGUUUCCAUUUUCUAGGAACAGACUGCCCCUUGUGACUUACUUUCCAGGAGUACAGCAUGAAGGAGGGAAGCACCUCACAGGGACAAACAUCAGUCCCAGUGAGGUCAUAAGCAGGUGACCUGAGAAGCCAGUCAUGGAUCUGUAAGGGCUCUUUCAAAUGCCUGCUAUGAUGUUAUACUAAAAGCUACCAACAGUUUCUGUGGUUAAGAAUAAAAAGUUUAAAAGUGGUCUAUAUCUAGCUUUUGUGGUUUUAAAUACUCAAAAGAAAAAAGAAUCUCUUAUUUGUAUGUGUGUGUGCGGUGGAGGCAUGUAUAUGCUAUGGCCUAUGUAUGGUCUGAGGACAACCAAAGGUGCCAGUCCUCACCUUCUGCUUUGGUUGAGGCAAGGUCUCUUUUGUUCUUCCUGUUUCAGAUACCAGGCAAGAUGGCCUUCAAACUUUGUCUCCCUGGAGAAGCAGCCAGGGUACAGAUCUGACCUACCUAGAUCAGCUUUCCAUGUGUUCUGGGGAUCUGAACUCAGGUCCUCAGGUUUGUAUAGUAAGCAAGCAUUAUCCAUUGAGUCAUCUCCCAGCCUGAAGUAUUUGUUUUUAAAAGUAUGAUUGGAGCACUAUUAACUUAUUAUACUACUAAAGUAUCAGGCUAUUACAUAUUUGUAACAUAUUCAUUUUAUAUAGAUCUUAGUGUAAUGUUGUUUUAGAGCUACUAAUAAAGAGAUAUACGAACAUUGUCAUUUUGGGGCUCUCUAUGAAGAGGCUCCUUAUUAUUUCUGCCUGUCUUACUGUUGAAUUGGGUCAGUAGAUCCUCAAUAAAGUGCCAUGCAAGAGAAGGAAGGACUAUGCUGGGCUAUUCAAAGCUUGAUUUUACAGCUCUGACAUUGGAAUUAUCCUACUAACUUCUAACAGAAUGGGGAUACACUGUUGUCUGUUCUUAGAGUGUACAUCUGCGGUCAAUGUGUUAUUUCAGUCUUGUUUUAUGGGGUUUGGCUCUGGACCUUGUAAACAAGUAUGAUGCUCAAUGCUCACUAGAGGACAGUGUACAACACCAGCAAAUGACUUAUUUCAAAUUUCUUAGAGGAUCUGGAAGUUUUCAUCAUAGAGAUAAUAAAAUACUUAACUUUCCUAAUUUGGUUUAACUGAAUACAUAUAUUGCAACAUUGUGAAUCUUAUAAUCAUGCUUUACAAAUACAACUAAAAUUGGCCUAUUGCGCAAAAAUUUAAACAUGAAAACUUCUGGAUCGAUGCAAUUUGUUUGGGAAGUUAAGGACACAUACCUUCUCAGUUUCUCAAAAUGAAAUUGGACCCAUUUUGUGGAAAGAUGAAUAUGUCGAAAUUCUUUUUGUUUCAAAACCAAAAAAGCUGGCAAUAGAUAUUCCGUCUUUGGAGGCUUAGCCAUCAACGUCAUCGGUGGCCUGAUCUACAGUUAAUUUUUGCUCAUUACCUCUUCUGGGUCAUCUUCUCUGUUGCUUAGGCUGAUCCACACAGCUGUUAGGAGCAAACCCUUUGCAGUAUCACGCGCUUCUAAAGAAAGCUUGUUUUGUUUUAAAUUUCUUAUCAGCAGUCCAGCAACCUUCUAUCUUAGGUUUCCUCUAAACCAACUGGUAGGAAUAGGACAUCCUCAAGGCCACCAGGAAUGAAGUUUCCACCCUUUCUAAAUUGCAGGCUUACUUUGAUGUUUAGAGUUACUUGCUUGUGUAAGCAUUUUGUUCUCCAGUUUCCGUAACUUUCUGCAAAAGCACAUUUUACUUUAUUGCUUUAGCUAGCAAACUGACAUAUAUCCAACACUUUUGUACAACAAUAUUGUAAGAUGGCCAUGAGAAACUAGGCCAAUAAUCCUAGCUACUCAGGAGCCAAGGCAGGACUGAAAACUCAAGGCCCUCCUGGGUUACGUGAGUUCAUGGCCAGCUGGAGGAACACAUUGAGACUCUAUAUGAAAAUAGAGUAACAAGAAAUCUAGAGAUGUAGUUCAUUGGUACAGCUCUUUUCAGUAGUCAGUGAGGCCUAGCUUCAUACCUAGUGUCACCAGGACAAUACAAAGCUCACAGUCUGUCCUGACACCCUCUAGCUUUACAGUGACCAAAGUGAUGGUCCCAUAAUUACAAAAUAAGAAUAGGUAACAUUAAUUUUUAAAUAUUUUUAAUUUUUAAUUCAAAGGAUUUGUUUCUAGCUUUCAUUAGGGUAUUUUCCAGAGGUCUCUCAGGAAAUGGCUCACUGCUCAUGUAGGAAACAUUGAACGCCCACUCUGUGCCACAUACUGACUGGGUCCAGUAUUUGGGGGCAUCAAGGAGACAUAUGAACACGAGAUUCCUGAUUUCAUGAAACUUGCAUUCUAUGAGAAGACAGAAAAAUCAGAAAGAAAACUAACCAGUGUAAGUACUGUGAAAAGAACACAGCAAGAAGAGAAGAUGGUAGGUGAAGGCGAGCGGAGGGUAGGUCUCCUUCCUGGUAUUGAUACAUUCUUCUGAAUAGAGCUGAUUGUGCUAAUUAUUACUGUCUAGCUGUGCUAAUUACUGUCUCAGACAAUAGGAUGUCCAGUUAUUACAGGAGCAGGGCCUGGGCCUAUGUUAUCAGAACCAAUUGUAUAGUCGAAGCAAGUUCUGGUUGGGAGCUUUGAUUGGGAGGGUUAGAAAUCUUGAUUUGUCCCCAGGCUUACAAAGUUCUGAAAGCUAAAGGCAUUACCCAUGUCACAGCACAGAUUUGUGUGCAAAUACAUUUCCAUUCUUCUCCCCUUUCACACGGGGUCCCUUAGCCUGGGAUGGUCUUGAACUUGUUUUACUUAUUUCUAACUGGCAGUAACUCCGGAUGUCUAGUUCUCUAGGCUUUACAGCCCCAGUGCUGGGAUUACAGGCAUUUGUUGCUCCACCUGACUUAUGUGGUACUGGGGAUUUAAUGGAGAGGGCUCUGUGCAUGUUCAGCCAUGGCUCCUAAUCUGUCACCUUUAUAAAAAGGGAAGACAUCUUGCUUCUACAAAAGGAAAACGAUGGAAAGGAAAAAGUGGAACAGAAUACCCAGGGAAGCCACCUAAAUUACAGGUUUAAUUCAGUAGUUGGUGUUUUAAACAUUAAUGAACCUUCUGCAUUCUUAUUUACAGGAUGGAACAGUAUCUUCUUUCAGGUUCCUCUAUUUCUUCUCUUGGUUUCUUUUAGUGUCAAUGCAGUUUGUGUUUUUCAAUCUUGUUUCCUAUUUAUAGAUUAAUCUGCCAACUAUAUUUUAUUGUAUGGCAGAAGUUAGAAUGCUCUUGUUCCAGUAAUGGAGAAAUUAGAUAUACGUUGCCCAGUUAAAAACAAAAAAAACGAUUUUGUUAUAAACUCGAUGAAUGGAACAGUCAGGGUUUUUCUUCAAAGUCUGUAUGAUAUCAUAAAUGAAUUUUUCCUUGGGUGGAAACAGCAGAAUAGAGAUAACACAGGGUUUGUAAUGCACUUGCUUUAUUCACUGUUGUGAGAACUUAUGAGUACCUACUUAAAUUACAUGUAGCACAAUAGUACUACUGUUAAGUGCAAAGAUUCCAGUACAGAGGAAGUAACUGUUGGCCUUAGUUUUCCACAGUUCCUUUUAUAAACUUUUUUUUUGUAAGAACGCGAUACAAGUGUUUUAUUUUUCAAGUCCAAACACUUCUCAAUUUCCUUAUAAAUUGAUUUGUAACGGCAGAGGCUUUUCAGGAAAACUACUUCACCGCAAUUCAGGAAGAAGUUGAGCGAAUUUUACUGCAUUCGUGUAGAAAUAGGCUGAGACAGGUGUCAUGCUAUCAGCAGGAUUUCAGAGUUCGUCUCAUUUCAUUCGUAACUACUGUUAUAGAGACAUCUGUUAAAACUCAUUCACUCUGAUAAACAUAUUCUAUAAGUAUCUAAAAAAAUUACCCCAAUAUAGCUCUGGAAACUGCAGCUACCGGGUAAAAGCUGCUUGAUUUCAAAGGCUUUCCAUGGAGGAAGAAACACUAAGCCUUCUAGAUUGGGCAGGUUCUGGCCAAUCAGCAAAGCAGCAGCCCUUAACUCUGCCAGGAUCGGAGUGAAGGCGAUCUGCCCGGAUCACGUCUACAACCUGUCGCUCACCCAGCACAGGACUUACUGAGCGCUGGCAGCGACAGAGACAAGUUUCGGCCAAAGUUUCGGAAUGAGGCGCGGCGCGGGCGGCAGUUUCAGGUCACCGCGCGACGGAGGGGACCACAGCCGAGUGUCCCGAGCACUGUACGGUCUCCACAGGGUCGGGGAGUUGCGCGAUGGAAGUUUCUCCGCCAGCACGCAGUCUGCACUGCGCCACCAGCCCGUUUACCGGCCACCUCCGUGGUCCAGGAUCCAGCCAGCAGCCGAGGUCCCGGAUCGCGCGCGGCCCAACCCCCGCCUCCGUCCCUGCGCGCGCCGGCGCCAUGGAGACAGUCACAAGACGCUCGCGCCCGGCCCGCCAGCCAAUGGGAGCGCACGUCGCGGGGAGACGCGGACGUCGCUCUUCCAAGAUGGCGGCGCGUCCGUCGCGAGCAGCCGGGCCGGGGGGAAGCCAGCGAAGCCGAGUAAAGCCGCCGCCCGGGACAGGACUGAAGCAGCAGUUGCCGCCGUUGGCGGCGGCCCGGGCAGUUUCCGCUGCUGCUACGGCUGUUGCCAUGCGGCGAGGCUAGGGAGGACGUCACUCCCCCGGGGUGUAAUGAUGUUAACAGAGGCCAGUCUAUCCAUAUGGGGAUGGGGAAGCCUUGGCAUUGUCCUUUUUCUAAUAACCUUUGGACCCUUUGUAAUAUUUUAUUUGGCAUUUUAUAUCCUCUGCUUUGUGGGAGGGGGUUUAGUGGUUACUCUUCUGUAUGGGAAAACUAACUCAGAAAAAUACCUAGAGCAGUGUGAACACUCAUUUCUUCCUCCAACAUCACCUGGGGUUCCUAAGUGCUUAGAAGAAAUGAAACGAGAAGCCAGGACUAUUAAGAUUGAUAGAAGAUUGACGGGUGCCAAUAUAAUUGAUGAGCCUCUCCAGCAAGUUAUCCAGUUUUCCUUAAGGGAUUAUGUCCAGUACUGGUAUUACACUUUAAGUGAUGAUGAGACAUUUCUUCUUGAAAUUAGACAAACUCUUCAAAAUGCACUCAUUCAGUUUGCUACUAGGUCAAAAGAAAUAGACUGGCAACCUUAUUUUACUACACGCAUGGUAGAUGAUUUUGGCACUCACCUACGAGUAUUCAGAAAGGCCCAACAGAGAGUAACAGAGAAAGAUGAUCAAGUAAAAGGUACAGCAGAGGAUCUGGUAGAAACUUUUUUUGAAGUUGAAGUUGAAAUGGAGAAGGAUGUUUGCCGGGAUCUAGUGUGUACUUCUCCCAAAGAUGAAGAAGGAUUCCUAAGGGAUUUGUGUGAGGUUUUAUUAUAUUUAUUGCUACCUCCUGGAGAUUUCCAGAGCAAGAUCAUGCGAUACUUUGUCAGGGAGAUCCUUGCACGAGGAAUUCUUCUUCCAUUAAUAAAUCAACUCAGUGAUCCUGAUUAUAUUAAUCAAUAUGUCAUAUGGAUGAUCCGUGAUUCAAAUUGCAACUAUGAGGCCUUUAUGAACAUUAUCAAAUUAAGUGACAAUAUUGGAGAGUUAGAAGCAGUCAGAGAUAAGGCAGCAGAAGAGCUACAGUACCUUAGAUCUUUAGACACAGCCGGUGAUGAUAUUAACACUAUCAAAAAUCAAAUAAAUAGCUUAUUAUUUGUAAAGAAAGUAUGUGACUCAAGAAUACAGCGGUUACAGUCGGGCAAAGAAAUAAAUACUGUGAAGCUAGCAGCAAACUUUGGGAAACUUUGUACAGUCCCCUUGGACAGCAUUCUUGUAGACAAUGUUGCACUACAAUUUUUUAUGGAUUAUAUGCAGCAAACUGGAGGCCAAGCACAUCUCUUCUUCUGGAUGACAGUGGAAGGGUACCGGGUUACAGCCCAGCAGCAGCUAGAGGUUCUAUCGAGUCGUCAGAGAGAUGGUAAACAACAGACCAACCAAACCAAAGGUCUUUUAAGAGCAGCAGCUGUUGGAAUUUAUGAACAGUAUUUAUCUGAAAAGGCAUCUCCAAGAGUUAUUGUUGAUGACUAUUUAGUAGCAAAAUUAGCAGAUACUUUGAAUCAUGAAGAUCCAACUCCAGAAAUCUUUGAUGACAUUCAGAGAAAGGUAUAUGAAUUGAUGCUACGAGAUGAAAGAUUUUAUCCUUCCUUUAGGCAGAAUCCACUCUAUGUGCGAAUGCUAGCCGAGCUUGACAUGUUAAAAGAUCCCAGUUUCAGAGGAUCAGAUGAUGGGGACGGAGAAUCUUUUAAUGGGUCGCCUACAGGAAGCAUAAAUUUGUCUUUAGAUGACCUUUCAAGUGUGACGUCUGAUGAUUCUGUACAACUUCAUGCCUACAUUUCAGACACUGUAUAUGCUGACUAUGACCCAUAUGCUGUGGCAGGCGUUUGUAAUGAUCAUGGCAAGACAUAUGCACUGUAUGCCAUCACUGUGCACCGGCGCAGCCUCAACACUGAGGAGAUGUGGAAAACCUAUCGGCGCUAUAGUGACUUCCAUGACUUCCACAUGAGAAUCACUGAGCAGUUUGAAAAUCUGUCAAGUAUAUUGAAGCUUCCUGGUAAAAAGACUUUCAACAAUAUGGAUAGAGAUUUUUUAGAGAAGAGGAAAAAGGAUUUAAAUGCUUAUUUGCAGUUACUUUUGACCCCUGAAAUGUUGAAGGCGUCCCCUGCGCUGGCUCACUGUGUCUAUGAUUUCCUUGAGAACAAAGCCUACAGUAAAGGGAAGGGCGAUUUUGCUCGAAAGAUGGACACUUUUGUAAAUCCCCUUCGUAACUCUAUGAGGAAUGUUUCAAAUGCAGUCAAGUCCCUUCCUGACAGCUUGGCAGAAGGAGUGACAAAAAUGUCGGACAACGUGGGCAGAAUGUCGGAGAGAUUAGGGCAAGACAUAAAGCAGUCAUUUUUUAAGGUACCUCCUUUAAUUACAAAGACUGAUUCGGAUCCUGAGCAUUGUCGAGUCUCAGCUCAGCUUGAUGAUAAUGUGGAUGACAAUAUUCCACUUAGGGUAAUGCUGCUUCUAAUGGAUGAGGUAUUUGACUUAAAAGAGAGAAACCAGUGGUUGAGAAGGAAUAUCAAGAAUUUACUCCAACAACUUAUUAGAGCUACAUAUGGUGAUACUAUUAACAGAAAAAUAGUUGACCAUGUUGACUGGAUGACCUCACCGGAACAAGUGGCUGACUCGGUGAAGCGUUUCAGAGACGCACUUUGGCCCAAUGGCAUUUUAGCAGAGGCUGCUCCGUGCAGGGAUAAAGCCAUUAGGAUGAGAACAAGAAUUGCAGGAAAAACAAAGUUAUUUGCAGUUAUGCCAGAUGAACUGAAGCACAUUAUUGGCGCUGAGACAACACGGAAAGGUAUUCUUCGUGUUUUUGAAAUGUUUCAGCACAACCAGUUAAACAGGAGGAUGGUGUAUGUCUUCUUAGAAGGCUUUUUAGAAACCUUAUUUCCACAGUAUAAAUUUCGUGAACUUUUCAACAAACUUCAUUCAAGGUCAAAGCAAAUGCAGAAAUAUAAACAAAAACUUCAAAGUACUCAAGCGCCUUCUUUACAAAAAAGGUGACACUCCAACCUGUGAAGGUGGUGUUCAUUUUGUCCAGGACUAAUGGUGUGGACAGAUCUUCUGGGAUGUAACUCACAUACUGUUGCGUCUACACCAGUCUUUCCGUGUCUCAACACAGAUUCCUAGUACACCCAUAGACUGGUCUUCUCAUUCUCCUCUGUAAUCCAGCCACUACCAAGAGAGAUUCCUGUGUCUUACAUGAUUUGGUGCAUAAUUUGCAACAUUGAGAGGAUACUGCCCCAUCUCGUUCAAGAAUGGAGUUGGCCUCUUCCGUUCCAAACUAAUCAGCAUUCUCUCCUAGUGCCAGAGUGCCAGAGUGUAUGUGUGAGAGCUGAGGGAAGCACGCCACCGUGGGUCAUAGGUAACUUCACUAACUAGGUUAGUAGCUGCAGAGCGCAGUGCACAAUUGGAGAGAUUGGUUUCAUUCAAGGAUCUUGUGGGUCGUCAGCAUUUUGCUAUCAUGUGGGUUAGCAGGUAAGAUUGAUCUUUAGAACAAUUGUUCAAUUGUUUCAACGCGGCCUGGGCAAAGUGAGAGAAAGAAGGCCCUUAGUGUAGGAAACAGCCCUUCCCAAAUUGCAGUCUUGUGUAAAGUAAAGCACUAUAAAAUAAAACCAAUCAAAACCACAACUUGAUUGGGUUUAUUAUUCAUUGAUAGAGUUUUCAUUGACUGUCUUUGUCCAUGUGCUUUGGGGCUCGGCUUCGCUCUUACGGCGCUCAGCUCUCCACCCUUCUUUUGGCAUCUGGGCAGAAGCAUGUGGUAGCUCUCUUAGGAGUUCAGGUUUUAAUCUUUUAACAGAUUACUGAUUAUAUAGAAGGGAAAUUAUUUAUUGUAAGAACUGCCAAAUACAUUGUCCUUCUAAAAAUUGGAAAUUAAAACAGUACUCUAUUGAAAGUUACCAUAUGAUAACUUUAAAUCGUAUGAUCUAGACAUGCCUUAGGUAACUACCAAUAUAGCAAAUCAAAGGAUUAAUGAGCUUAUAGUCCUAUGUAAACAUACAAAUGCCUAAUUCUACUAUGUGUACAUAUAUGAAAAUAAAUAAUGAAAACAGAACUGUACUAUUUUUAAAAAUAUGCUUUUAUUUAUAUUUCGCAUAAUGUAAAAUUCUAAAUAAAGCUAGUACACAAAACCCUUUGGUGUAUACAUUUAACGCCCUAAUAUUUUAUAUCAGUGAAACAAAUACCUUUUCGAGGUGUGAAGCCUUUGCAUUUCUUAGUGUUCUCCAUUUUGUCCAUUAGGAAGUCUUCAUAUCCCAUAUAUGCAGGAUUUCUGUACUUUUAAAUACUUCCAAUGACUAGGGGUUUGGAUAUAUCAUCUCUUUUUGUUUUAAAAAUAUUUAACACUAAAACCUUAAAAUAGUGAAACUACUUUUCAGACCACUGAGCCAGUACCCUGCUAUUUAAAGAAUGUGUGGGUGCUCACUGUAAAGGGACAGAGUAUUGAUGAUCCAGUUACUUGGGAGCUUUAAGAUUGGAAUAGGAUUUGCUCUUGCUGUCGUCACUCAGAUCCUUCUUAUGCAGUGCAGCCUGGUAAUGCGAGGGAAGCAUUCCUGUGAAGCUUUAGGAGCUGUCAGUGCUGAGUGCAUAUGUUUAGUGUGCACAUGUUCAGCAUGUGUUGCAUGUCUUUCAGAAUCACGUAAGUAAAACCCCUUUUUGAAACUUGCAAGUGAGAAAAGAUUCUGUCUCUCUGGCAGAAGACAUGUUUCCUGUACUCAUCAUAUGCUCCUGCCCCUGCCCUGCCGGCCCUUCCUCGGCCCCAGGCUUAAAAUUAGGAAGCAUCAAUCAGCAUGGUCACAAGUGCAAUAAUUUCAUAAAUAGCCUCCAAUUUCAAUUAUAUUUUUACGUGAAUACAUUAAAGUGUAUACAGAAGGAUUCAUGAUGCAAGAGCCUAGUGUGUACAUGUGAAAAGUGUUUCUAUAUAAAGAAAACUGUCAACCAGGGGAAAAAGAGGUCAUGUAAAAUGCAGAUUCUUCUAAUAGCCCUGCAAGACAACUGCAAACACACCAAACAGAGUAAAGCAAAGAGAAAACUAUUUGAGUAAAUAGUUUUUUAAGGUAAUUUUUAUUGAAAAGCAUUUGUAUAUUUCAGGAGCAGAAAUGUCGAAUGGCCACGUGUCUGUGUGCACGUCUGUGUUUUACAACGGAGACUGAGGUCAUGCUAUAGCUGCAGAUAGCCUAGGCUUGGUCUAGCCAUGUAGAGUAUUUAACCCAUAAGCAAAGUACAGUGUUCUGCGUUUCACAAAGUUAUUAUAUUUUGUGUAUUUGUUGCACAUAUGAACAUAAACACAAAGAGGCUUUAUGUCUUCUGCUGAAUGCUUUUAAGUCAGUGGUGCCUUUAGGCAAGAACCAUCGAAAUUAAUCAUUCUUUUGGGUUUUCUGAUAUUUUUUCAGGUACCGUAAAACUGCAAAGAAACUAUCACAGCUUACUCUCCUAAAGUCCGAUUGUCUGACUUAAAUGUAGCACUUAGAUGAGUAUUUCCUGUAAUUCCAGUGUUCCACGUAGUUGCUGGAACAGUUGUGCCAUUGACCAGUGGAUGCACUUUGUUAGCCUUAAUUUAAAACAAAAAAAAUUUUCUUGAAUAUAUCAGUUUGAUCACUAUAAGUUUGCUGCAGGUGUUUUGGGGAAAAAACAGUUAAGUGCAAUGAAAGUGUACCAUUUUUAAAAAAAUAAAUUAAGAACAACAUAAAUUUCACAAUCUGCAGUUUUAAUUUUGUGCAAUAUUUUCAUUUAAUGCAUGUUUAUUUGAGUAACUGUAAAAUAACUACAUUUUUAAUGUUUGAGAUCUAAUUUAACUGUCUUCUUAGCCCAACAACUUCAUUCCGUUGUUGCCGCACCUUAAUUAAGGACUUGUUUAAAAGUCUUUUUGUCACUCCUUGUAAAAUUCUUUUCUUAGUAGAAAGUUUCGCUUAUGGGAGCCUGGCUCCUGUAUUAUAAGGGAAAACUAAAGAGCACAUUUUAGGAUUUUAAUUGUUAAAAAAUUACCUUGUGCAUAUCAUUGUACAUAAGUGUCAAUUGUGCCUAACCGCUCUAUCAAUGCUCUCCUUCUUUAACCAAGGGGAAAGAAUCAGAAUGUCAGUUAUUUUUAUUAACUACAGAAUUAAAAUUUUUAUUUGGUUUGUGUUAUGUUCUGUCUGUUAGAAAAUACUAAUAAAGUAUUAACAAACAA